GGUGAAGGUGUCCAUCGGUCCCCGUGCACCACCAGGCUGCGCCACUGGGAGAACGGUCGCGCGCUCCCACAUUCGUUUCUCGCUGCUCUGACGUCAGCAACCUGCAAUUGUGCGAAUGAACUAACGGGAGGACCGAGUCCCUACCGGAGCUACCGGGAGGCAGUAGAGUUACAGAGCGAGUCCCCGCCGCCCGCCCCGGAGGAGCCAAACGGAGGAAGGUCCGACUGAGAACCGAGCGAUGCGAGCGCAGCAGUAGAGGCACAGCAGCGACGAGAAAAGGAGCGAGAAAAGGGAACCGUUAUCGUGAUUUACCGACAGAAGACAGACACGGAGAGCCACUGCCGAGACCAGGCAACCAGCUGCGGAGGCUACAUCGUGUUUUAUCCCCCUUUUUGCGCUUUGGAUCAAACCGAUUGGAUCCGUGAUUUAAAUGCUUUAACGGCGCCUCCGUGCCCGGUUUGAGAGAAGAGAGGGAGCUGCCCAGAGAGAAACCAGAGGGAUCACUGAGGGAUCGAAGGCGCAGCGUACAGAGAGAAAAAAAAGGAGGAAAUAAGGAUUUCCAAAGAAGCUUUCUGUUUUGUUUCCAGACGCGCAAGUUUCAUUUCUCCGCCUAAUUUUCUCUUUUUUUUUCUUCCGUGGAUCCCGGUACCUGUAACGCUAUCAAGCUGUGUUCUCUAACCAUGGGAUGUACUCUGAGCGCAGAGGAGAGGGCGGCUCUGGACCGGAGCAAAGCCAUCGAGAAAAACCUCAAGGAGGACGGUCUGACCGCGGCCAAAGAUGUGAAACUGCUGCUGCUCGGGGCUGGAGAGUCAGGGAAAAGCACCAUCGUCAAACAGAUGAAGAUUAUCCAUGAGGAUGGUUUCUCUGGCGAUGACGUAAAGCAGUAUAAGCCUGUCGUUUACAGCAACACCAUCCAAUCUCUGGCUGCCAUCGUCCGUGCCAUGGAUACGCUGGGCCUGGAGUAUGGAGACAAAGAACGCAAGGCGGAUGCUAAGAUGGUCUGCGAUGUGGUCAGUCGUAUGGAGGACACGGAGCCUUACUCCGCUGAGCUGCUUUCCGCCAUGAUGCGUCUGUGGUCCGACUCAGGCAUCCAGGAGUGUUUCAGCCGCGCCCGAGAGUACCAGCUCAACGAUUCAGCGCAGUACUACCUAGACAGCCUAGAUCGGAUUGGUGCUGCAGACUACCAGCCGACAGAGCAGGACAUCCUGAGGACCCGAGUGAAGACCACGGGCAUCGUCGAGACACACUUUACCUUCAAAAACCUUCACUUCAGGCUGUUUGAUGUGGGAGGUCAGAGGUCGGAGAGGAAGAAGUGGAUCCACUGUUUCGAGGACGUCACGGCCAUCAUUUUCUGUGUGGCGCUCAGCGGAUACGACCAGGUGCUGCAUGAGGACGAGACCACGAACCGCAUGCACGAGUCUCUGAAGCUCUUUGACUCCAUCUGUAACAACAAGUGGUUUAAGGACACCUCCAUCAUCCUCUUCCUGAACAAAAAGGACCUGUUUGAAAGCAAGAUCAGCAAGUCACCACUGUCCAUCUGCUUCCCUGAAUACAACGGUCCGGAUACAUACCUAGAGGGAAUAGCCUACAUUAAGUCUCAUUAUGAGAGCAAGAACAAGUCGCCCAACAAAGAGGUCUACUCCCACGUGACCUGCGCCACCGACACCAACAACAUCCAGUUUGUGUUCGAUGCCGUCACUGAUGUCAUCAUAGCCAACAAUCUACGGGGCUGUGGCCUCUACUGAUGAUUCUUCUCAAUCUUAGCCAAUGGAUGAUGGAGGUUGUAUUCGUGGUACCUGUAUGUGCCACAUGUGUGAGUGAUGUCAUCAUGUCAUGGCCAGUUAAAUUUGGUUGUGUUCAUGAUGUCAUAAUGCUGAUUUGCCAUCAAGCUGGCUUCUAGUCCAGCUUUGAAUUAAUUCCUUCAUUGAUUGAUUGGUUGGAUUGGUUGAUUGAUUCAUUGGUUGGUUGAGACUUUUUGUGUUCUUUUUUUUUUUUUUUUAAUUCCUAAAGAAGAACCAGCUGCACUUUCCAAUAACGCUGUGCUUCGGGAAUACAAAAUUCCUGAGCAUUAUUUGGAAAUGCAAUCGUAGACGUAAGCCGAACACAAAUUAAGUGCACCCUUCUCGGUCCAGCAGCACAAUAAAGCAGGAAUCCUUCUUCUACCCGGACGCGUUUCUUAUUAUUUUGACUAAAAUGUGAGUAUUCGCUCUUCCGUGCCUUUAGAUUUAUGCCUCAGUGACAUGAAGAACCGAUGUGAAACUGCAUAUAAAUGUGUCGUCAAUCUUAAUCGGGGUCAAGUUCGGUUCACUCCCAGUUGAAGUCGGGGCCGCCUCGAUUAUCUGCGGGAGAUUUAAACGGCCUAAACAACAUUAUGUUCAGCCUAGCAAGAAGUAAUUCAAAGAAAACGCUAAAUCAUCCGGAAGAAAAACGGCACAUCACGGCGCACCCAUACAGCCAAGAGAUUAAGGUGAAUUCUCGGAAACCGCAACAUCCUCGUUUUAAUUCCAGCAGACUACCCUUCUGUCUUUCUAAACCUAUUUUUGUGCAAAAUAGCUUUUUGUUUCUGCCUCUCUGUCAUUAUUGUGUAUGCGUUGUCAUUCGUUUUCCUCGGUUGUUGUUUACUGAUGACAGCUGACAGUUGUGAUGUAUGUGGUGCGCUGCGUCGCGUCUGACUGCUGCACUUUUAGCUAAGGCCUUUACAACUGUGGAACUUGAAAAUGAUUUGGCUUAAAUAAACAGACACAGGCAUGAAUUAAAGCCGUUAUAUAACAUAUAUAUGGAAUAAAUAAAUACAGAAGUAGAUUUAAAAAUUCAGCUAAUUAUAAUGAAAUGUACAUUAUUUUCACUGUAACGUAGUUCUAUUGGGAUUAAUAUUGACAUUAUUGGUUUAAUUUCAGUUUAUUUAGAUAUCUAAGAGGCUGAGCUAAUUGGAGAAAAUAUUGGCACAUUUUAUAUUAUUCUAUAAUGGUGAAAUGUGGCAUUAUAAUAUAAAAUUUGCAAUUAGAAAAAUGCUGUUCACUGCUCCUUGACAUGAAAAUAUGCUGCGUAAAAAAAAGUUCCUUUCUGAAGACCCAUAAUGAAAUCAUUAAGCAUUUUUCCAUUGUAUGUUUUUCUCCUGUUUUAAUGAGAUCAUUUAUUUUUUGCAAGGACUUAUUUAUUAUUUAGCGUUUUGAAGUUCUACGUUAAAAAACACCACAAUUUGGUUGGCAAAAACACAACAAGUAGGGCCAAUCAAUAACGGCGUGUCCGUUUAUCUCAUUUCUGGCGUUUAAGGAUCGACGUGUAGAAUCAGCCUCAAUGCAGCAAAGCUUUGCUCAUUCAAACCCUGAGGGAGCUUCAGAGAUUAUCGGGGAGAGUGCGGCACUCACAAUGCUAAAUGUCCUAAUCAGACCAAAGUUAAUCCUCGUUAUGAAACACGACCGUUGUUGGCUGUUGUGCAGCUUUUGUGAAGCUUUAUUGAGCUGCAUUUUUGAAUUUGUGGGACUUCGGGCUGUGGAUUUUAAAUCUGAACAGUUCUGACUUUGGCAAAUCACAGUUAAAGUAUUGCAGGGGGAAAAAAAACACAAUGGCAAAAAGAUACUUUGAAUUGCAGCAGUUUCGACGAGGAUGGCCUCAUUUAAAAAAAAAAAAAUGUUAAAGAUCCAAACUUGUGCAGUUUGAAUCAUUUAAUGAUGCUAUAAUGCUAUAAUACUAUAACUGUGGGUGUUACAAAGAAAAUAUGCACAUCAGAAAAAAAUUGCAGAAAAAUUAAUGUUUUGUAGGCUCAUCUCAUUUGAGCAAUGGCAGCUUGUCAGUUAAUGAAAAUAUGGCCACCAUACAACAGAAUUUUGUGUUUCCAUGUUGAAAAUUAACAGUGUCACAAGUAUUAUUGUUCCAAAACCUCUGUGUUUUGACUUUGGAUGCAUUUUUCUUGGGCGUAAACGUCCAAAUGAAGCUAUCCAAUGUCUUGUUUAUCCCUUUACCCUGUGUUAAAGCUCAGGUCGGCAGUAUUUUCGGCAGAGAAAAAUGUCAUUACAUUCCAGAAUAUUGUUAUUAAAGAGAAAACUACACUUCUGCACCUCCUCCUGCCUCUGUUUUUAGGAAAGUCUAGCCCCUGAGCGCAGGCUUCAGCCAAUCACAGGGCUGUUCAGUGAUCAGGUGAGAGAGUAUAAAGAGCAGCAACAUGCGUGGUGGGAAUGGGAUGUGGUUAGACAGCAGGCUUCCACUCAGGAGGGCGGGGUUUGAAUCCCGUGCGACGCCAGAGGUGAAUGUUGACUUUUAUCUCGGCUGGUGUUGUGCGUUCGGAGCUCGUGCACACACCCGUGCUUGUUCGGUGAAAAGAGCUUAGACCAGAGAGGGAAGAGGGACAUAUUUCUCCCUACUGCAGGUUUAAUUCAUAAUGACCAAGCUGCAAAUUUGUGCUAGAAAGAGGCUGCUAUGAUCACUCAUCCCUGCAGGGUCAGUCUCCAGUUCCUGACUCUUGCACCACACAUGGCACCACUGUAAAAAUCACUUACAACAAAGACCGACAGGAGCUGGUGCUGACUCAAUCAGACAACUCCCAGAUAAUGCUUCGAUGGAGGCAUUGAUUUUUUUAUUUUUUUUUAUUUUUAGAGCCUUGGGGAAGCAUCCAUUGUGUGUGGCUGCACAGUGUGAUAUCCCUAUUGUCCACCACUCCACCUUAAUAAGCCAGAGGUGAGCUUUGAAAGAUUACCAGCUGCUGAGUUCCUCCUCUGGGAUGAGAAUGUCAGCUGUCUGACUACUGUUUUUUGUGGCCCUGAUGUUUUGGUUUCUGCUGAAUGAGUCGGUGGAGAGAGGCAUUUAGUACCAGGAUGAAUAUCAUCAGCUCCUCUCUGCUCUCUACAAGCAACAGUGUCAUAUAGAAAUAUGGAAAAAGCUGCUGUGUUUGUCUGUGGGACUUAGUGAGCUGAAUGUGUUUACAGCUCUACUGUUAUGAGUGCUCCCCAGCAAACAGAGGUAGAGAGCGUCUUUACUUAUUUAUGACAGGGGCAUUUGCUUUAUUCCGCUCAUCUCUCCACACUCACACCGCGAGGGUGUGUCUCCGUUUUCUGCAACAAUUAAAAAAAAACAGGUAGAUGACACCAGCAGCUACCACAUCUGUGCCAAAUUUCCUAAUUAGACAACGAGAGCUGCCUUCGGCUGUUGAUCAGGCUGCUUCGUGUGUGUCUGCUUGUGUAUUUUGCGUGUGUACAGAUUGUAUAUAGUUACCUACAUGUGUCUGUUGAUAGUACAGGAAAGGUCACUGUGUGUCUGUGUGCUUUCAUUGUGAACAUGUGGAUGUGUUGUGUAAGAGGCAACGUCAGCCCAUGGGUGUUGCGGUGGAGUCAGUAUCUGUGGAUUAAUUACCCCGAAGGCACCCGUCUACCCUUUACUCACACACAUACAAGCCUGAGACACACGCACACACAUGCUACGAAGACACAAACACGCCCACCAGACUUGAAAAUGUCACAACACCUUACUUGCCGUUGCCAAAUUAUACCACCGCUUCCAACCAGACGGCCUUCGGUGCUCUUUGGCUGUUUCGCCAAACCAGACGGCUGCUGCCACUUCCGCUAAAAGUCAUUUAGUUCAUCAUCUUCUCUUCUGACCUCUGCCACACAAGGAAGGAAAAUGAUCUGUCUGCAUUAGCUGCAUGACUGUUAACAAAUGUGUGAAAUCUCAAGUGUUUGGCCUGAAAUUUUCUUAACUUCUCAGCCUCAUCAGUGGCUACACUGGUGCACAGACACUUCCCUUUAAUAGGUUUGUUUUUAAUUUGCAUAAAAGCCAAACCAGUGUUUCAUGUCGAAAGAAAAAGGAGACUAUUCUCUGGUUAUUUUAGCUUUUCAUGCAUUCCCCUCCCUGUCUAUGCUCCACCACGGUGAAGGUAUCUUAGGUGAAUUCAUCAUUUGUUGUGUGAAUAGUCUUGUUUAGAAUCAUUGCAUGGAGACGCCGCCGUUAUAAUAACAACAAAGUGUCUUUGUUCCCAAAAUUGUUGUGCAGCGUGAUUAUGGUUUUCAUGCCCGAGAGCCUGAAAGCUGCAGCAUAUUUUUAUAUCUCAAAUAUGAAUGCAUCCAGUGUAGCUUACUGCUUUCUGUGCCGACACAGUAUAAAGAGUAGCCCAGAUGGUGAAAUAUUCAUCCGUAUUUAGUAAGUGAGCUCCAAUUUACAUUCAGAUGAAAGGAAAUCUCUACAUUUGUGUUUGUCGUUGGGGCUGCAUUGUGUUUCAGCUUCGUCUUCCUACUUCUUUCAUGCCAUUAUUAACCUGAGGCAACACACAGAACAAAAUGUAGUCAUGCUUCUACUGUUCUUCAGUAGCAUAUUAAAUUGCUCAGCUGCAUUUUAAACUUUAGUUACAAUACGUAGCAGCACUUUAUUAAAUUUAAAGGCAGUGCUGUGUUUUUGCAUCACUAAAUCAAUUGCUACAAAUCACUUAUUAAGCAACGCUGCAGUGCGUUUCAUGUAUUCAGCCAACCUUUGAAUGCAAUUCAUUUUUUAAAUAGUGUUGAAAUCUUCCUGCAGAGACUUAAAAUAUGGUUUGAAAUAUUCCGUCAUAUUGUAAAGAUUAAGUUCUCUUUUACUGCAAUCAAAAAGUCCUCAUUGUGUAGAUUUUAUUGUCUGCACUGAAUUAGAAUUUGAAAAAUAAAAUGUAGCGUUGGCUAAAGCAAGCAAGGCUGUGAUUUGAUGGAUUGUAUGGUCAAACAAGUUACAAAACUGAAAGUCGAAUGAAAAGGCUAGAAAAACAGACAUGCUAUUAUGCAAAUACUUGUGUGCAUCUUACUAAAAUAUGCAAUUCUAGAAACUGACAUAUGAACUAUUUGCAGGAUUUGCUGGUAAAAAGGCAAAGAGCCGAUAUGCUAACCGCUAACACAGUCUGCAAUGCUGACUGUCAUUCACCAAAAUUUCAAUUAAAGGGGGAAAAAAAUAAAGAUUUAAGCUAGUUAGCUGGAUUUCUGUCAAUUAAUCAGUUAAUUCCUUCAAAGAUUAGUACUCUAAAGAGGGUUUGCUAUUGUUGAAUGCAUAUUUGAAUGACAAAGUUCACUAAAUAUGACACAAAAUUAAUUGUUUUGACUUGGGAUGAGGAUGGUGUGGUGGUUAGCACUUUUGCCUUGCAGCUAGAAGUUCCCUGGUUUGCAUCCUGGCCUUCCUGGGAUCUUUCUGCAUGGAGUUUGCAUGUUCUCCCUGUGCAUACGUGGGUUUUCUCUGGGUACUCCGGCCUCCUCCCACACUCCAAAAAUAUGCUGUUCUAAAUUGCCCGUAGGUGUAAAUGCGAGUAUGCUUGUUAGUCUGUAUAUGUAGCCCUGUGACAGACUGGCGACCUGUCCAGAGAGUCCCCUGCCUUCUCUCCAUGUCAACUGGGAUAGACUCCAGCACCCCUGCGGCCCUAGUGAGGACAAAGUAGUGUAUAGAGAAUGGAUGGAUGGACAGACUUGGGAUGACUUUUCUUCAAAAUUCUCAUUUUCCUGUUAAAAGCUGCUGUGGGCAGACCUUUUGAAGUCUCGGGCACAAUAUCAUGAUUUAAAGUAUUUAUGAUGUGAAGUAAACAGAAAUACAAGCCCACUGUGCACUGAAAGUGAAUCUAUUUUUUUAUUGGAGGAGAACAGUUUGAUAAAGUGCUCUCUGUGUGCUUCAUUCUCGGACUCUCAGCACAUAAAAUGAGACCUGAGUUCUUCAGGAUUGCAAAAGUUUCCCAACCUCAAAUAAGAACCCUUGAUUUCCUCACAUUGUCAUUACUUCUUGGCCAUAACCCUCUUCAUUCUGCCCGCCUCAGCAGCUCUGCAGCUGUAAAGCAAUUAGUGGUUUAUAAGGUGAAGACAGGAUUGAUGUUGGCACAGAGAAGGCGUGUGUGUUUGUGCUUUUCACAGUCUGUCUUCACUCAUGAAUUAGGAAUAAAGCCCAAAGAACAAGAGGCCAAGAGGAGGCUGUGUAACGGAAUUUAUGUCCUGCUUGAAUUCUGAUGAUAAAUAAUGAAUUCCCAUAGGCUGCAGUGAAGGAGAGAUUUGUGGGUAAUGUAGGCCAUGCAAAGGAAGGUUGUUUAUUUGUUUGUUUUUACCAUGGUGGGGUGAUGGUUAGCACUUCCACCGUGCAGCUAGAAGAUCCCCGGUUUGCGUCCUUCCACCUUGCGACCUUGCAUCUUUCUGUAUGGAGUUUGCAUGUUCUCCUUGUACAUUUCUCUGGGUUCUCCAACUUCCUCACACAGUCCAAAAAUAUGCUGAGGUUAAUUGAUGAUUCUAAAUUGCCUGUAGGUGUGAAUGCGAGAGUGAUUGUUUGUCUGUAUAUGUAGCAACAGAAUGGCCACUUGUUCAGGGUGUCCCCCACCUUCGCCAAGUCAGCUGGGAUAGGCUCCAGCCCCUCAUGACCCUAAUGAGGAUUAAACGGUGUGUAGAUGAUGGAUGGAUGGAUGUUUUUACCAUGUGUGGAUAAGACAAUCAGCAGUGCAUUCAGGUAACACAUGUGCAGCUGUGUGGCUGCUUCUCUGGGCAGCAGGUGGUGAUACAAAAGAAACCUUGGGCCAUGUCACAACCUUACCAAAUUUAAAAAAAAAAAAAAGAAGAAGCUGUUGAAAUGUCACAACAGCAGCCAAAUGAAGAACGACUGAAUUUCAGUCCCUUUUACACUCAACUUCAGUGCCAAAUAUUUCCCUCAUGUCAGCUUUACAUGAGCUCCACUCAAGCCUUUUUUUUUUAAUUUGCUGAAAUAUUCAUGCAUCAAAUAUAGAAAUAGAGUUGCUUUAGAGACAUCUUAUAAUAUUCUGCUCCCGCUCAACCUUGCCAAUUGAUGUAAUGAGCACUUAAGCCUGUGCAGAGCCGAGGAGAUCUGCUGGACUGGGAGAGGAGUCGGGGAGCUGCAGGGCACACGACUGCAAUGAACAUGGCUCGAAUUAAAGGAAGCCGAGUUUAUGCUGGUACUUCUGAAAGUCCCUGCGCUCACUGCUGCACUCCUUUUAGCCCUCAACCCUCCAAUGUCCAUUCAACCCACUUGUUUACUGCCUUAAAACCAACCAACACUUUCUAUACUGUAUAGGUCACCUACAGCGAAAUCUACAAAACUCUUACAAGUGUGUGAGUGAGUGUGUGUGUGCGAUUGCUGUAUGUUUCUGAGCACUGUAGGUAAAAAUGUAUCUGCUGUAACUCCCUCACUGUUGUGAUAAUUUAUUGAACGUUGUAUUUAUACAUGACAAUGAUAAUAAAGCACCACAUGAGUAACUCGACGCGGCUGA